AUGUCUGGACCUGCAAAGUUACGUGUGAUUAUCGAUGAGCAUGAUAUUCGCAAACUCAACCUUCCUUCUGGGAUUCCGCAUACAAUUAAAGAACUGGAGAUGGUGGUCAGAGAGACAUUUCAGUUAACUGGAAAUUUUGCUCUGCAUUAUAAAGAUGCAGAGUUUGGGGAUUUCUUCUCUUUGACUACACCAACAGAUCUUAAUGACAAAGACAUCAUUAAAGUGGUUUAUGUCGAACCUGCGUUUGUGACUCUAACUACAGUUGAGAGCAUUUCACCACCAUCAGAUGCCUCGUCAGUUGCCUCGUCAGAUGCCUUGUCAGUUGUAUCGUCAGUUGCCUCGUCAGAUGCCUCAUCAGCUGUCUCGUCAGUUUCGUUCAGAUCAUCAGAUGACACCGUGUUGCUUUCCCCUCCAAAAAGUCCUGGUCUGCGAUCACAACAUUGGCCAUCCUGUAUUGAAAUUCCUCAAUUUCCUUAUGAUACAGAGCUGACUCUGAAGUCUGGGAAUGAAAAUCUCCACAAAAAUGGAGUUCUUCUCAAUGAUCACAAUGUGAAAUCUCAGGUUGCUGACACACUAGUUAAGAAAAUGUUCCAGCAUUGUGCAUAUCCCACCAGCAAACAGAUAUGCUCUGUUGCACAGGCAUUAAUUGAAAAGCAUCCUUGCCUCAAGGAGCCAGGAUCUGUUUCAGGGUACGAUGGAUGGCUGUCAAGACUUAAAAACAAAAUGGCCAGCUACCGGAAAAAAUUAAAAUAUCUUGGAUGCCCAGAGUUGGCUGUCAACUCAUCACAACACAAGAGGCCCGCUGCUGUCAAAAAACCACGCAGAGCUGAACUAAACUACCUCCCCCCACACCCGCCUGGAGAAACAACCCAGAAUCUUGAGAAAAUCCGUGUAGAACUUCUUAGGGAGGUCAACAUUAGGAAUAAUUGGAAGAUCGUUAAUGAGAUGAUGGCUAGAACUUUUUCAAGUCGGAGGAAGGAAAUAGUUGAGGACAGCCCAGCCAUAGAGCAGCUGGUGAAAAGAUGGCCUGCAUUAUUUCAUAGCACUCAGAUCGAAGAAGAAUUCAAAAGACUGACUGCUGUUGAUCUGGAGUCAACAUUUAUAGGAAACUUGGACAAUUACACGGAGAAGCUCCUCUGUUUGUUUCGCACAAAGGGAGGAAGUGCUGGGUGCAAAAUCCGUAAUUUUAUGAAAUUGCUGGACCAGGAUGAUGGCGUGGACAAGCGUAGAGAGGUAGUGAUAUGCUGCUUGAUUGUGUACCUCUCUGAAAAUGCUGAGCAUCUCAUUGCACAUUACACGGACAUCCGUGGUGAAAUAAGCCAAGAUGACCUCGCACAGCACACACUGAAGAUUGUCACAAAAGGGGGCUCGGCGGAUGGCAGUCCUUUAGAGGCAGGAAUAGUCUUGGAAGGUGUUCAGGUCCUGUCAGGAUUGUCAGGUGUUGCAAAGGCCUGUGUUGCCCUAUUUGGCCUGAUGUAUGCUGUGAACCUGAGUUACCCUAAAACACUUAGGUAUACAUUUGAAUUUUUCCAGAAAAUUCUGCUUGAGCUAGACAGUGAAAAACUUUCACCAAAGAUUCUGUCUUUGAAGAACAAGUUGUUCAGUUAAAAUAAUUCUCAUUGAAUAGUCAAGUUGAUGCUUGUGGUAGCUGGUUAUUGUUAUUUGUUAUUGCUUUGAUGCAUAUUUCCUGAUAUUGAUAUUGCAAAAGCAUACUAAAUGCCAUAGCACUGACCAAUACAAGGCCCACAAAACACACAUAUGCAAGCAUACACGCAUACAGCAGCACAUAGAUUGCAUAAAAAACAUACUCAACACUAUACCCACAGGUAUCAAACAUAGUGAUGCACACACAUAGAAACGUACACGCCCCAGUCACACACACACACACGCACACACACACAUUUCACCCAUGAUGAUACUUAUUGUUGUUAAUUGUUCCACAGUUAAUUGAACAUCUCUCUCUCACAUACAUUUGCCUGUUCAGACAUUGGCUGGGCUGCUGUGAUGUUUAUUUCCAGCCACAGUUUUUGUCAAAUGCCUGUUGAACAUUAGAAUAUAGUGCACAACGUUGUACAGUCCACAACCACCUAACACAUAUAAAGACAACAUGCACACAAACACACAUGUUCCAACAUACAAACACAUACCAAAAUACACACACAACCCAUACAGCAUACAUGUAACAAACUCAGUGCACUUUAUCCAUGGAUACCAAACUGUUAUUAAACUUAUGCUGUGAUGUAUUUCUCAUCACCAAUAACAUUGUUUGUGUAACAGCUUAUGAUGAAAGGAUAACAAUAAAAACAUUUUAAUUUCA